AUGGCCGGGAUCAUUAAGAAGCAGAUCCUGAAGCACCUGUCCCGGUUCACUAAGAAUCUUUCCCCAGACAAAAUCAAUUUGAGUACCCUGAAAGGGGAGGGUCAGCUGACCAACCUGGAGCUGGAUGAAGAGGUUCUACAGAAUGUGCUGGAGCUGCCUACCUGGUUAGCCAUCACUCGGGUCUACUGCAACAAGGCCUCCAUCCGGAUCCAGUGGACAAAGUUGAAGACGCACCCAAUUUGCUUGUGUCUCGAUAAGGUGGAGGUGGAGAUGAAGACAUGUGAGGAGCCACGGCCUCCCAAUGGACAGUCUCCCAUUGCUCUUGCUUCAGGACAGAGUGAGUAUGGCUUUGCUGAGAAGGUGGUGGAGGGGAUGUUCAUCAUCGUCAAUUCCAUCACCAUCAAGAUUCACUCGAAGGCCUUCCACGCUUCUUUUGAAUUGUGGCAGCUCCAGGGCUACAGUGUGAACCCCAGCUGGCAGCAGAGUGACCUGCGUCUCACCCGCAUCACUGACCCCCGCCGAGGAGAGGUUUUAACAUUUAAGGAAAUAACUUGGCAAACCCUUCGGAUUGAGGCAGAUGCUACAGACAAUGGUGAUCAGGACCUGGUCACCACCCCACUGAGGCUUAUUACCAACCAAGGCAGGAUCCAAAUAUCCCUCAAAAGAAGAACCAAAGAUUGCAAUGUCGUGGCCUCCAAGCUGAUGUUCCUGUUGGAUGACCUGCUCUGGGUGCUAACUGACUCGCAGCUCAAGGCAAUGAUGAAGUAUGCAGAGUCCCUGAGUGAGGCCAUGGAGAAGUCAGCCCAGCAGAGAAAGAGCCUGGCCCCUGAACCUGGACAGAUCACCCCACCUGCUCCCAGUGCCCAGCAGUCCUGGGCCCAGGCAUUUGGUGGCAGCCAGGGCAGCAGCAGCAAUAGCAGCAGCCGGCUCAGCCAGUACUUUGAGAGCUUUGAUGUGAAAGAGUCCUCCUACCAUCUGCUCAUCUCCCGCCUGGACCUGCACAUUUGUGAUGAUAGCCAGUCCCGAGAGCCAGGUGUCUCUGCAAACAGACUCAUGGAUGGUGCCAUGCAGCUUACCUUCCGCAAGAUGGCAUUUGACUAUUACCCCUUCCACUGGGCAGGCGACAGCUGCAGACACUGGGUACGGCACUGUGAGGCCAUGGAGACCCGAGACCAGUGGGCCCAGAAAUUGGUGAUGGAAUUUCAGAGUAAAAUGGAGAAGUGGCAUGAGGAGAUGGGUCUGAAAACUCCCUGGCACCUGGGGGUAGACUCUCCCUUCCAGAAAAAAGCAGAUUCUCUCUCCAGUACUCGAAAGAACUCCCUUGAGAGAAAUCCCUCUCAAGGAAGAAAGGCUGUCCUUCGGCCUCCAGCGUGGAAUCGCUUGCGCUCUAGCUGCCUGGUAGUACGGGUGGAUGACUUGGACAUCCACCAGGUUUCUACAGCUAAACAGCCCAGCAAGAAGCCAUCUGCACUCCUUUCCUGCAGUCGGAAACUACACAACCUUCCCGCGCAGGUCUCCGCCAUUCACAUUGAAUUCACAGAGUAUUAUUUCCCAGAUAAUCAGGAGCUUCCAGUUCCCUGUCCCAAUCUCUACAUUGAGUUAAAUGAUCUGACAUUUACUGUGGAUCCUGUCAGCUUGCUUUGGGGAAACCUCUUUUGCCUGGAUUUGUACCGCAGCUUGGAGCAGUUCAAAGCUAUCUACAAACUGGAAGAUGCCAGCCAGAACGAUGAGCACUUGGACAUCCGACUGGAUGCCUUCCGGUUGAAGGUAAGCUUCCCGCUGGAGAAGAGAGAGCAGGCUGGGCUGCAUCGGCCCCAGGCCCUAGUCUUCUCUGCAUCGGCCAUGACUGCCACCAAUACACGCCAUCCCCCACACUGCAGCUGUGCAGACCUCCACAGUCUCUUCCAGGGCUUUGCUGCUGCUGAGUUCUUUCAUUCCAAUUAUGUUCAGUUCCCCAAGGUCCCAGGUGGCUUCAGUCUCCUGCAUAUGCUUUUUGUGCAGCAUGCCUUCCAGAUGGAUUCCAGCCUCCCUCAUGCUAACACACUCCCUCCCCAGAGGCCUAAGGCCUCCCAGGAUCUCUGGUCCAUCCACUUCCCCCAGAUCUCCUUGGACUUUGAGGGAACCGAGAACUUCAAAGGCCGUGCCUUGAAUUUUGUGGCCCCCUUCCCCUUGUCCAUUUGGGCCUGCCUACCCCUGCGCUGGCAGCAAGCCCAAGCACAGAAGCUCCUUUUGGCAGCAGAAGGGACGCUAAAACCAUCGGCCAGCUUUGGCAGUCCUGUCCAGUCUGGGGCCCUGGCCCCUGACACUGUGUCCCAUCUUAGAUCAAAGACUGAACAUGAUUUGAAAAGCCUGUCCGGCCUUACCGAAGUCAUGGAGAUGAGAGAAGGCGGUGGUGAUGUGGACAUCAAAGAGCCUCUGACCGACCUGCAGGACACGGCAGAGGUUCACAUGCUUGUACACUCCCCUGAGCAUGUCCGAGUGAGGCUCGACCACUACCAGUACCUGGCUCUGCUCCGCCUGCAGGAGGUGCUCCAAGGUCUUCAGGAGCAGCUGAUUAAGGAUACAGAGGCCAUGACUGGGUCUGCCCUGCAGGACCAGACAGCUUGCAUUGGGGUCCUCUUCCCCAGCGCUGAGGUGGCUCUGCUCAUGCAUCCUGCCCCUGGUGCUGCCGAAGCUGACUCUGUGUGUUUAGAUACCACCAGCCUCAUAGACUCGGAGCUGUCUCCUUCAGAGGAUCGGGAGCUGAAGUCUGAUGCCUCCUCAGAUCAGGGCCCAGCAAGCCCUGGGAAGUUUCCGGAGGACGGUGGCAUUGAAAACCUGGAUGCAGCCCAGGAUAGGUCACUGCCUCUCCAUAGCGAUGGAGAGCUGCAGCACUCAGCUUCUCUUGAACAGCAGUUGGCAGGGAAGGGCCAUGAGGCAUUCGAUUCCCUACAGGCCAAGAGACUGAGCAGAGCCCAGGCAUCCAGCUCACCAGCUGCCCUGAAGCCCCCAGGUGUUAGGGACACUGCUAUGAAUGGACAGGGUGAGCUUUCACCCUUGAAGAACAUUGAGGGAGAAUUGUCAAGUGCUAUUCAUACCACCAAGGAUGCCACCAAGGAGGCUCUGCAUGCCACCAUGGACCUCACCAAGGAAGCUGUGUCUUUGACCAAGGAUGCCUUCAGCCUGAGCAGAGACCGAAUGAGCUCCACUGUGCACAAGAUGCUGUCCCUGCCCCCAGCCAAAGAGACCAUGGCCAAGAUAGAUGAGAAGGUGGCAGCCCCAGUAAGUGGAGGUGCUUCCCGAUUCCGAUUUUUUUCCAUGAAGAGGACAGUAUCUCAGCAGUCAUUUGAUGGUGUCUCGUUGGACAGCAGUGGCCUUGAAGACCGGAUUUCCGUAGACAGUGAUGGCAGUGAUAACUUCGUGAUGCUCAUGGAGUCUGAGUCUGGGUCAGAAUCUCUUCCACCAGGAUCUCUCCCAAGCGUCCUGGACUGCGCUGGUGUUCAAGGGAGCUCCGUCGUGGGAAGCUGUGGGCAGGGGUCACCGGACACCACCAGUUUGGCCCCACCCAGUGGGGAAGACCUCCACCCUCACCCGGUCUCGGUUCUGGUGCUGAAGGUGAACGAGGUCUCUUUGGGGAUUGAGGUACGUGGUGAGGACCUGGCUGUGGCCCUGCAGGCAGAGGAACUAAGCCUGCAGCACCUGGGCACCGUGGGGCUCUGGCCGUUCCUGCAUGGACAGUGCCCAGGUACAAGUUUUCAAGAAUCCUCAACCUCGAAGACUUGCCACAUCAGGCCAGCUGUGGGCCUACGCUUUGAGGUGGGGCCUGGUGCAGCUGUUCAUUCCCCCCUGGCCACAAAGAACGGCUUCCUGCAUUUAGUGCUUCAAGGCUGUGACCUUGAGCUGCUCACCUCUGUGCUCAAUGGCCUGGGGCCCUUCUUUGAGGAUGAGGUGAUUCCGGUGGUGGUUCCCAUGCAGAUUGAGCUCCUGACCUCCAGAAUCACCCUGAAGGAUGAUAUCCCCCCCAUCUACCCAACGUCCCCAGGCCCCGUGCCCGUCACUCUAGCCAUGGAGCAUGUGGUGCUGAAGCGGAGUGAUGACGGUGUGUUCCAUGUAGGCGCUGCUGCUCAGGACAGAUCACCAGCUGAAGUGCCGAACAGUGAAAAGAGACAGCUCCCAAAAGAACAGGUGAAAGAACUGUCUGCCCUACAAAAGGAACUUCUAGAAACUAAACAAGCAUUGGCCAAUGCCAACCAGGAAAAAGACAAACUUUUUCAGGAGCUUAGGAAAUAUAACCCCUUCUUUGAGCUCUGA